CUGCCCAACCCCCAACCAUCAGUACCUUGUCCUUCCCUUCAUCGACAACACCUCUAUCCGAAAUUGCGGGGAAGGUUGCUGGGCGGAGAACCCCAGCGAAAGCGCAGUGCAACCAAGUCGACUCACUCUCCGUCGCCAGGUCAACGCUCGUACUCAUCUGGCACGGAUCGUCUCCGAGUUCAAAUCAAUUGAAGCGGUCACUCCUUGUCAGACCAUCCAUACGCCAAAAGCCAAAGACGAGCACGCCAACAGUUACAAAUCAAUCGCGAGCGGAACUUAUUCGAGCGAGGUGCCGCCAGGCUCUGGGGCAGCAUGUCAACGCCAUCCAAGCGCCGGUUAAUCCGAGAUUUCAAGCGGCUCAGCAAUGACCCGCCUGGGGGCAUCAGUGGCGCGCCAUGCCCGGACAAUCUGAUGAUCUGGAAUGCGGUCAUCUUUGGGCCAGCCGACACGCCAUUCGAAGACGGCACCUUCAAACUCCUGCUGACAUUCGAUGAGUCGUACCCGAAUAAGCCGCCGACGGUCAAGUUCCUCAGCCGCAUGUUCCACCCGAACGUCUAUGCCAACGGGGAGCUGUGCUUGGAUAUCCUCCAGAAUCGCUGGAGCCCGACAUACGAUGUCGCGGCGAUCCUGACGAGUAUCCAGAGUCUGCUGCACGAUCCGAAUCCGAACAGCCCAGCAAACGCAGAAGCAGCGUCUCUCUAUCGCGAGAACAUGAAGGAGUACGUCCGCCGCGUCAAGGCGACGGUCGAAGAAAGUUGGAUGGACGACGAGGCGCUCGUGCAAGACAUGAAGGCCGAGGUCGAGAAUGAAGAUGAGGGGCAGGAAGAUGAUGACGCAGGGGCACGCGCGGCACCGGCUGCUAUGCAGGGUCUAGCGACAGGCAGCGGCAGCAGCAGCUCAGGGGCGCCUCCACAGGAAGAUGACAGCGCAAGCGAUGGUAAGCGGCUUGGAGGGAGCGGAGGUGGGACCGCUGGCGGCGGCUCGCAAAUGGAUACAGCUUGAGUUAAAGGAGGCCGAGGGAAAGAGACUGCCGUAUUCCUGCCUUGAAGGUUCACAAGCGUUUGCUAGAAGCUUGGGACUCGCCAAGAACCCCUCUUAGCACAGCUGUAAAGCUUGUCUCUUUCGCCGCUCGGGGGCUGCGUCGCUUCUCUUACCGCAGUCCAGCAUUCACUCAGGAAUGCACCACGAGAGCAGAGGUGAUGCGCUCGCCUUUCUCACAUACAUUCACGACCCGACGCACACAGACACACGCACACAAACGUCACUGUUGUAUCGUACGCUCUUGUCACCCUUUCCUGUACGUACCACUAGAAUCUGAAAGUUUCCAUCUAAC